ACUGUACGUGUCGACCUGCCCUACUUGCGUGUCUAAAGCCUAACGGCACAUCGGCCGGGCUCCCACAACCGUUGCAGCCGGGCGCGUCGCUGAUACUGAUGUGCUUCAGCCACAGCCAAUGCCCGUAUCAGGAGAUGACGCCCCCGCCUGCAGAAAAUAGCGUUUCGCGAUGGGCUAGGGAGGCCGGGGAGCCCAUGUGAGCCCAGGGGAGCGAGUCGGCUGACGUCUCGCACAAUCUGGCGUCCUGCACAAAUGAGGACGGCGGAGCAGGGGGGCCAAGGACCUCCCUCCGGUGGAGCAGCGGGCUUCGUCUGGCAGACAGGGACUGGCGUUCAUCGGAUCGGAUCCAGGGGUCCUGCCUCUCCUUUUGAGCUGGACCUCGUCCCCGUUACCCUCAUCCGUACCGCAUAUACAAGACGAUGGCGAAGGCGGCACCGACGCACUAGCACUAGCACCAGCAGCCGCGCGCGAGGAUAGCAACGCCCCAAGCGCCCGCCUGGAUAAGUCUGGAUAGCCCCCCGACAUCUCGCCCACGGUGCCGGCCGUUGCGACAAACGCCAAGAUGGAUCCCUCACUACUCCCGGUGACGGACCACCCCAAGCCGAUUCCCAUGACAAACCAGGUGACGGGCUUCCUCAUCGGCAACGUCAUCGCCUUGUUCUUCGCUGCAGCGACGGUCGCCGGCCGCUUUAUGUGCCGUAUUUUCUUUUCCGCCGGCUUGGGCACGGACGACUGGCUUAUCCUUGUGGCACUGAUCUUAGCCAUAGCAGCAAACGUGCUUGGUUUUGUUCUGUUCACCACGGGGGCAGGCCACCCCAUGGCCGAAGUCGUGCCCACGGGAAACCUUCCGCACAUGCUGCUAAUUGUUUUCCUCCUGGUCUUCGUCUCAAUCACGAGCCUGGCCGCGAGCAAGCUCAGCAUGCUCUUCUUCUACCUGCGCAUCUUUGAUCGGAAGAUGCGCCUGUGGUGCUGGGCCGUCAUGGGCUUCGUCGUUGUUUGGGCCGUAGCUAUCUUGAUGACCAAUGUCUUCAUGUGCACGCCCAUCAGCGCGCAGUGGGACCUUAGACUAGCCGCAGUUGCCAAAUGCGGGGACGCCCUCCCCCUCUACAAAACUAUUGUCAUCUCCAGCCUCUUGACUGAUAUCAUCAUCAUGAUGAUGCCAAUGAAGACGAUAUGGGGGCUGAACAUGAGAACGACGGAAAAGCUUGGUCUCAUGAUGUCCUUUCUCUUGUUGUUUGGGGUCGUCAUCGUCGGGUGCAUCCGCUACUACUACGUGUCGAAAGUCGACCUGGCCGCAAACAUUACGAGGGACAUACCCCUGUCCCUCUUCACGACCAAUAUCGAGCUCAGCCUGGGCAUCAUCUGCGUCAGCAUCCCGAUGCUGCGGCCGCUAUACACGCGGUACCGGGCCAAGCACUCGGCGUCCAAGCUGAGCGACCAGGCCCAGCGGAGCGACCUGCAGACGUACGGCGGCGGCGGCGGCGGCGGCGGCAAGGGCCCGUCGGGCAAGAACUCCCGCAACAGGGUCGGGCCCGCCGCCGACAUCACCCUGACCACCUUUUACGACAGCGCACCCAAGGACGAGUACGGGGUCGGCGGCGUGAGCGAGUCGGCUAUCGAGGCCGGGUCUAACCACAGCGUCGCGGGCUCCGGGGGUGAGAGCGAGCGAAACCUGACCAGCGACGCCACGCAGUAUCACACCAAGGAGGCCUCGAACCGCAGGAACACUGGCCUGGCCAUUGAGGUGCACAAGCAGUGGGAGAUUCGGAGAGACUAGACCGAGAGAGGGAGUGGCGUAUGUGGGACGAAGGCGGCGGUUGGUUCAAGACGCCUGUUUCUGGAGUCCCUGCUUUUGUGCCAUCUGUGGGCGGUGGUUUGUGAUACGCCAAGGGCAAGCGAGCGAGAGCAAUGAGUGCCAUUACUGGACUUUGAUAUAUCCAUCGUGAUAUAUCUUCAAGCUUUAUAUCGUGCGUCUCAGGGGUUCGUUGAAUCAGCUGAGGCGCGAACCAACAUGACAGUUGAGGGCACGGACCAAUAGCUAGAUCCCCUCAGUGAGCAUGCAGCCACACCACCACCCCUGCUCGCCGAUGGGUCUAUGCGGGGCGGAUUUUUGGGCCAAUUGCCCCUCCAUGAU